AAAGAUCCAUGUGGUAUUUAAUAUAUGAAAUUUUAAAUUUCCCAAGUGUCAUAUACAAGUUAAAUCAAAAUAAAGAUCAGCAUAUGCCCUAGAGCUAAAAUGGUAUAAAGGGUGGGUCCUAUACAAACCUCUCAUGAACUGAUCUUUUCAUUCUUCUUCUCCUUCUUCUCACUAAAUUCUCUGUCAUAAGAAAACUUCAAGAUCUUGUGUUCUUGACUUCCAAACAAGUUCUUGAUCUAAAUUACUAAGAUCGACCAGCUCACAGUUCAUCAAGAAAGUUAAUCACUGGUCGACUUUGAGCGUGUGUAUACAUAUAUAUAUGUAUAUGUAUGAGGAGGAAAGGAACAAUACUGUUAAUAAUCAAGAAGGACUGAGAUUGGAGAUGGCCUUUCCACAGCAUGGAUUCAUGUUUCAGCAACUCCAUGAAGACAAUGGUCAUCACUUACCUUCCCCUACAUCUCUCACUUCUUGCCCUCCUCACCUCUUCUAUGGUGGAGGAGGAGGAAACUACAUGAUGAACAGAUCCAUGUCUUUCACGGGAGUGUCAGAUCGCCAUCAUCUAACUCAAAAAAGCCCGACCACGACAAACAUGAAUGAUCAGGACCAGGUGGGCGAGGAAGACAAUCUAUCAGAUGAUGGGUCCCAUAUGAUGCUAGGAGAGAAGAAGAAGAGGCUCAGUUUAGAGCAAGUUAUGGCAUUAGAGAAGAGCUUCGAGCUAGGGAACAAGCUGGAGCCAGAGAGGAAGAUGCAGCUUGCUAAGGCUUUAGGGUUGCAGCCCAGGCAGAUUGCGAUAUGGUUUCAGAACAGGAGAGCUAGGUGGAAGACAAAGCAGCUCGAAAGAGAUUAUGAUUCUCUGAAGAAACAGUUCGAUGUUUUAAAAUCGGACAAUGAUUCUCUUCUAGCCAGCAACAAGAAACUCCACGCUGAGUUAGCAGCAUUGAAGAAACAAGACCGUCAAGAAUCAGCAAAGAUCAAGAGAGAAAUAGCAGAAGCUUCAUGGAGCAACAAUGAAAGCACAGAAAAUGAUAAUAACAAUUCAGAUAUAAAUCAUGUGAACAUGAUCAAAGAUCUUUUCCCUUCUUCAAUCCGAUCCGCAACUACGACCACGACCUCGGCCCAUAUUGAUCAUCAGAUGGUUCAAGAUCAAGGAUUUUGCAAUAUGUUCAAUGGUAUUGAUGAAACGACAUCGGCUAGUUAUUGGACAUGGCCUGACCAGCAGCAGCAACAUCACAAUCAUCAUCAUCAUCAUCAUUUCAAUUGAUAUAUAUUGUCCAAGAAAAACAUCAUAAUCCUAAUCAACAUCAUCAUCACACUCAUCUUGAUAUCAUUAUCAUCUUCAAAAGAAAUUUCAUAGAUUUCUUAAUUGUGUAUUUUAAAAUUACUUGGUACUGCUUCAAUUUAAAUUACGUCGGUUCUUUACCUUUUUCUGCUCUUUCUUUUGGGUUUGUAGAAAAUUGGUGUAUAGGGAAUAUUCAACACAAUUUCACAAUUAUAAUUCUUGUUCCUUUAAUUGGAAUAAGUAAAUUUUAUUUCUUCCGAAAUAUCUUUUCGAGAGCAAGUACGGUGUAAUGUGUGUAUAUGUAUGUUAUAUAUAAGCACUGAUAUCUUCAAGUUAA